AAAGAAGCCGCGCGGAAACCCAAGCGGCAGCGCGCGGUGGUGACGCAUUUCCUGUCCCGGUAGCGGCGGGGGACGCGCUCGCCCGGCAGCCAAGAUGGGGGGGGGAGACCUGAACCUGAAGAAGAGCUGGCACCCGCAGACGCUGCGCAAUGUGGAGAAGGUGUGGAAGGCGGAGCAGAAGCACGAGGCCGAGCGGAGGAAGAUCGAGGAGCUGCAGCGGGAGCUGCAGGAGGAGCGGGCGCGCGAGGAGAUGCAGCGCUACGCUGAGGACAUGGGCACCGUGCGGAAGCGCGAGGAGAAGCUGGAAUGGAUGUACCAGGGCCCUGGGGGCAUGGUGAGCAGGGACGAGUACCUGAUGGGGCGCCCCGUGGAUAAAUUCAUCCUGGACAAGGUCGGGGCUGGGGACGGGGACACGGCGCUGCUGCCCGGCUCCACCUUCGCCAGGCCCGCGGCCAGCUCCGUGCUGGACAUGGCCACCAAGAUCCGCGAGGACCCGCUCUUCAUGAUCAGGAAGAAGGAGGAGGAAAAGAAAAGAGAAGUUCUGAACAAUCCGGUGAAAAUGAAGAAAAUCAAAGCCUUGCUGCAGAACAGUUUGGAUAAAAAGGAGAAGAAGAAGAAGAAGGAGAAGAAAAAAAAGCACAAAAAGCACCGAAGGCGCAGCUCCAGCAGCCACAGCUCCAGCUCUGACGAGGACAGGGGCAGAAAUAAGUCUCAGAAAAGGGUGGACAGUUCCUCCUGGAAAGCUGCAUCAUCCAAAAUUCCAGGAUAUGGAUUGCAGGUGAAGGAGCCCGAGCAGAGCCGGCGCUCCCGGAGCCCCCCGGGCCACGGCAGAGCCCCCCGGAGCCGGCCCGGCAGGAGCAGCCCCGAGACGGCCCCGGCGUUGCCCGGCAGGCACGGCAGACUCCACAGCAGCCGGGAGGAGAAAGGCAGAACCAGGAGCCCUUCCCCAAAAAAGAGCUUCAAGCGCCAGCACCCCUCGGGCUACACCAGAAACCUCAGCCCCGAGGAACUGGAGAGAAAACGGCAGCAAAUGAUGGAAAACGCCAAACUCAGAGAGGAGGAGAGAGCCAACAGCGUCAGGAGGCACAGGAGGGACCAGGAGAGGGAGAGGGAGCAGCAGAAACUGCACAGCAGCGACGGCAAAUUCUUCCAGCGUCUGAAGCUGGAGAGCGCCUCCACCUCCAGCCUGGAGGAUCGGGUCAAACGCAACAUCCACUCCCUGCAGAGGACUCCUGCUGCCCUGGAGAAGAAUUUCAUGCAGAGGUGAAACCCAUCCUGCCCCUGUGGAUGUUUAUUCCCAGAGGUGAGAGCUCUCCAGGAACAUUCCAGAAUAAUUCCAGCUCUGGGAGUUCAGGACCUGGUGCCUUGGGAGUCCUUUGUGUCCCACCUGUGACCUGCCACAGCUUCUCCUCCUCUCCUGAGCGGUGCCACUUUUGUACAUCACCACCAAAUUCUGCUCUUCGUGCCAGAGUUUAAAGUCUAUUUUUAUUAACCCUUAAAAUCCAGAGCAGAGCAGACCCACGGGAGAGGUGAUUCCGUGGAGUUUGACAGAGCUGCACGGCCCCCGUUCCACGCUGUCACCGUUUGCAUCCACACCUCACAGCGUGGUGGCAUUUGGUGGCAUUUGGUGGCAUUUGGUGGCUCACAAGAUUUAUUUCCUUAAUCUUUGACCCCAAAAGAAGCAGUUUCUGAGAGGGGGAAAGAAAAGGGAAUGAGCAGGGCGUAGCUGACGCAGCCAAUAUUUCUCUGGGAUUUUGUAAUGUAAGUAAUGUGUAUAUGUACAGCACUGUAGAUUCAUUUUGCCUUUUUAAUUAAGAAACUUCGCUGGCGUUUGUUAAAUGUCCUUUGUGGCUCCGGG